AUGAGGAGUCUAUGGACGACUUCUUUUCUCCUACUUCAACUAAACGGAAUACAUCUAGCGUGUUUUCCGACGAGUUCUCUCAUCGAGAAACUCUUAUCAAACAAAUCGAAUAGCUCGCUUCGUGGAAACGAUACAAACAAUGAGACAAGCCAUUUCGACUUUUCAAAGCUACUUCGUUUACGAGAAAAUGAUUGGAGAGAUGCUUGGGAUAAGCCACAAAUCAUUUGGUCACCGGAGAGUCGCCAUCAUCCAGAUUGGGGUCGACACGCGGCAACACUAUCCACAGAAGAGAAGGGGAGAGCCACACGCUCGUCUCGAGUCUUUUCGUUUUUGAUUCUCGGUGGAGUGAUUGGCUUUGUGCUCUACACAUAUUUUGCCCAUGUAUUGCUCAUGAGAAGACUUCGUGAACGGGAAGAGCGUGCCCAUUUGGCGGCAUUGAUUCAAUGUUCUGCUUUAAUCAUGGCUUCAUCGGCUGGCCAUCAUCAGCCAACUCCUCCACAACGUCGUCGAUCACUCAUCAAUAUGUUUCGAGCAUUUCGACUU